AUGUCUGAAUUAAAAGAUCAAGUUUUCCAAGCUACAGAAAGAGGAGACCUAGAAAUGGUUACAAAACUUGUUGAGCAAUUUCCACAUCUAGUAAAUGAAAUUGUCAAUGAGAUGGACUUGAGAAAUUUUGCUGCUCGGCAUGGACAGUAUCAAAUCUUGCAAAAAAUAGGAUUACCACAAGACAAGGAUGGGAUUUUAAAGUUAAUUAGACAAGCCAGCAUCGAUGGGUAUAAGGAAACAAUUGCGGUUUGUAUGUGUGCUUUAGCUAAGUUGUUCGAUUAUAAAAAUUUAGAGGCUGAAGAAUAUCAAACAGUUUUACAAAUAGUUCCAGAAAGAGCCAAAGGAUCAGUUUAUUAUCCUUAUUUAUGGGAUCGAGUAAAGGGCUUAUUGUGGGCUUAUAAAAAAGGAAAUCUUUCAACUAUUCCAAUCAAAAAGGUGGCCAAAUAUUUAUUUUAA